AUGGAAAAUCAAAGAGACGGAGGGCGUCUGUUUAAAUUAAAUUUCCUUGUAUACUGGAUGACUUUCUUUGCAGAAAUUACAAAGGCAACACUUGCAAAUGAUAGAUGUUUGCUCGGUGUAGAAGAUGUUGAGGAAAUAAAAAAUCUAGAUUGGUGCUCAUAUCUACUCGAAACCUUGCGCCGGACACGAGCGGGCUGGAAGAACUAUAAGAUACAGUUCGUAGGACCUGUUGCCUUUCUUACGCUUAACCUGUUUGAGAAAGCCGUGGAGAUGCCGGUUAUUCGUUAUAUAACAUCUUCAGAGAUUGAUAAAGUCGAAGAACAUAUUUCGGAUAACGGACCUCUAUGGAUAUCAAGUGAGAGUGAAGAAGAAGAAGAAGAAAGUGAAGAAGAAAAUGAAGAAGAAAAUGAAGAAAAGAAUGAAGAAGAAGAGGGUCCUCCGGAGGAUGAUUAUACACUACGACCACCGGUUGACACGACGAUAAGCUACAAAAGAAGGACUGCGCGCGCAGUACAAAACGAAGAAACCGGGGCAGAGCCAAAAGAUAACGAGAACAUUGAUGAUUUCAUGGAUUUCAGUUUUGAAAUCAAUGAAAUGUCUCAGAUGAACAUUGACUUUGAAGUUGGAACGCAGACGCAGAAAAUGAUGGAUUAUUGCAACACUCCUGCUCAACUUUCACCGUCGGUAUUCUAUGACACAGCCCACGAACAACAACUAGAGGCUUCGAGAGCAAACAAAAAGAAUCUGUUGAAAAAGAUGAAAGCAAAUGUAAAAAAAUACCUUAAAAUGGUUCGAGAUGUUCAAGAGAUGAACAACUUAGUGUCAGAGGCAAAAACUAAGUGUUUUUGGGAUGUUGAGGUUAUGAAUGCUUGUAAGGAGUGGGAUAAAACGCUUCAGAAUAAUCCCAUUUGUCUGCCACCUGAACCGGUUCAAGAGCAUGAACCUGCAGCCUCUCCUGUUCAUCGAGAACCUGAAAACCCAGCUUCUGAGGUUCAUCAUGAAGUUGCUACAAACAAAGAAGGUAGAGAGGAUGAAGAAGCACAAAAAGCAAUAUCCAGUGUUUUGGUACAAUUGGCAUCAGAAGGUAACACAUGCGAACUCAAUAUUAACACAUGCAAUAUAAUGUAA